GGAGGCGCUCGCGCAGCGCACAAGACACAGUGUCGUUUGUAGUAGUGAUCUCAGUCACUUCACUAUCAGCGCUAAUGGAGUAAAAAAAACAGCUCAGGGACGCUUUUAAUAACCGUCUGGUGAAACUGCGGCGACAUGAAUCCGCAUCGGUGGGAUUAAAGUGUUCAGAGGAACCUGAUGUGAUACGUGCCACAUGUCGUGUACGGGUCUGAAACGAACACUGGAACCAGAGGAUGAGGAUGAGCCCGAUACCCAGCCCAAGAUGGCGGCCAUAUGCGCAGAGUCAUCCACGGCUUACUCGUGGCAGAGGCAGACGGUCCUGCAGCUUUCGCUUCAGAAGCUGUGCCACGUUCCCUGUCUGGGCCGCCGUGUCCUAAUCACCAACAUGCUCCGGCUCCUUCAGGGGGAGAUCAGUCACCAGGGAGCACCGCGUCCCAGCCCUCCAGCAAAUGACUGCCAGAAACUCCCACAGCAUCAAGCGCUUGAGGUCAGUUUGACCCCAGCAUGGGUUCUCGAGCAGGAUGUUGAGCCAGAUUUCUCUCCUAAGGAUGGCUUCAUCUCGACAUUGGCAGAACUCGACGAGACACGUGCCUCCUCCUCCUCUCUCUCAGAAUCAGAGACAAACAGAACUGAAAAAGAAACUCCAAUGCAGACCAUCUUCCUCGAGUCUCACUUAGACUUCACCCAGCCCACUUUAAGCCACACCCCCUCGCUAGUAAACCCCUCCCUCCACUCAUCAUGCCCGGCAUUCCUUCCUGAACUCUCGCUGGAUGACUUCCUGUUUUCAGACCUCGACAACUUUCUGUGCGAGUUGAACCCUUGCACCUUGAACCUGAGUUCUAGCUCGGGCUCGCAGUCAAAGGUCGUCUCCAUGGUGACGGACGACCUGGUAAGGAGCUUGACAAACCAGCCGUUCAAAACGGACCUGAACGAUCUGGAGCACAUUAUGGAAGUGCUGGUUGGGUCAUGAGGCCAAAAAGAAAAACAAGAGACUGGAGCUUGUUUUUUUUUUUUUUAAACUUUCAAUAUUUAAAUUGAUUUCUUUUGAAAAGAAUCAGUCUGGGGUUAGCUUAUAUUAAACGUCUAUAAAAAACAAACAUGUCAAGUAAAUUGUUACUGCAGUGUUGUGAAUUAUGGGCUGUAGCCCAAGCUGGUAGCCAUGGAAACGACUGUAUAUUUAUUUGAGCAACACGCAUGUAUUUAUUAUACAGCACGCAAUGCAGGGAUGUAAUAUACAAGAUAUUUUUCAGCUCUAUUUUGAAUUUUAAUAGAUUUUACACUUUUAUAGAAAUGAAUGUUCAAUAUUUUACUACUCAAAUCUUUUUUAAAUAAAGGUGAUGGUUUUGUUUUUAGA